GGGCAGCCCCUCCCGGACCCCCCCGCGGCUCCCGGGGCGGGGCCCGAGCGGACCGCGCAGGACUUGCCCCGUUUGAUUUGGCCCAGUGUGGAAAGCUCUCGCUUUAAGACUGAAGUGGGAGCACCAUUUGGAAGGAAAUUCAGCAGGAAAAGUGAAGUUUUCCAUCCCCUCCCAACUUAUGCACCCUCUAGUGGGCCAAGGACUCAGUCCAUGCUUGCUUUUACUCCCUCGUGGCCCAAGAAGACUUUGUUUAAAAGAGAGUCUCCUAUAACACACCGCCUGUUUGGAGACAUCUCAAGAGAUGUUCCAAAAAAUGCUGAGGAUGGAGUGAUUUUUCAGAAAUGUGCCAUGGUGUCCGGGCAGAGCGAACUGCAGACAGCUCAUGUGAGACUGCUCGUGGACAACACCAGGACCCCUGUGGCCACCAACCUCUCCGAUCUGCUCCUGCUGGACAACAUCACUGGCCUCUCCGUUAUGGGGUCGACCGGAAACCAGACCUCGGCGGGAUUCCAGGCUUUCAGAAAGAAGUUUCUGCAAGUGGGAGACUCCUUCUCGGUCAGCUACACAGCUUUCAUUAAGGCCGGAGAAGUGGGGAGCGGAGAGGUCCUGAUGCUUCCUGCCCAGCUCACCUUUCAGAGCUCAGCGCAGGUUCAGCAUCAUGAGAGCAAGCUGGAACACUCCCAGUUCACGUCAGCCGAUGGUGUCAAUGAAGACCUUGCUCUCAAUGACCAAAUGAUUGACAUUCUGUCUUCAGAGGACCCCGGAAGCAUGCUUCAAGCUUUAGAAGAGUAA